AUGUUAAGGUUGUGAAUGGGAAUGAGCAGUUCCUAGUCAAGUGGAAAGAUCACGACGAGUUUGCCUUUCAUACCUGUUUAUUUUUAGUUCUCAUAACACUUGGGAACCAAUUGGUAAUCUUGCCUGCCCGAGGAUUCUUCACGAGUUUUUCCUACAAAGAUCCCUGACCGAAGAAAAAAUCGUUGAUGUGGAGGUGCGGUUAACCAACGUUAUCAACGUCUAAACAUUUUCCUUAGGUGAACAGCGACAAACCAUACGGUUUCGAGCGUGGUCUCGCACCAACAUGCAUUACUGGUGUGACAAAAGUCGAUGAUGAACUUUAUUUCUUGAUUAAAUGGUAGAGUAAAGCGUCUAUCUUACAGACUUCUAGGAAGGGCAGGAAAGACCCCGAUGUCGUUCCUGCGACGCAGGCAAAUGUCAGAUGUCCCCAGCUAGUCAUCGGAUUUUACGAAAGUAUCCUGUAUUUUCAGUGACUUCUGUCGAGUUUAUAAGUUUGAUCUUCUGCAGCAUAUAUUUGUGGCUUGCAGUCCCGAUUUAAUUGGAUUCCUGCAUUUACUUACUUUCACCUGAUCCAUCUGUUUCCAGUGAAUCGGAUGACCUGGCCACCAAAAUCCUUUCGGAGAUUUCUUCAAAACGAGCUUUACAUAUUAAACACUAUUUUAAUAAAAAAAUAUCUAGAAAUUUUUACAGUUCAAUUUUAGCAGACGGCGUCCGAGACGGCUUUCGUAGAUAUCUUGCUUAUGUUAUUGUCGGACAUGACCGUAGAUGACUUAGCCGGCGAUAAGAUCUGCCGAGCUACCUGUCUGUACACCCCGGUCUUUGCAGUUUAUGACUUUUGCCCCGUUGGCUCUCAUUUCUUCAAAUCCAGGACCGUGAAACUACCAUCCUGUUCAGGCAGAAUUGUGUAACAUCCCACCAAACUCGCCAAGACGGGACCAUUUGGCUUCGUUAGUAUCUUCUCUCAUCAACAGUAAAGUCUCAAUUCCAGAACACGAUCCUCGGUCUUAUGCACGUACAUCAUCCGGAGAGUCUUGCUGUUGAGGAUCUUGGACUAUUUUAGGCGAGUAGCGCGCUGAAAACUACGUAUUGCACGCGUAGGAUAGGUUGACUAGUGGUAACCCCUGUACUGGCAAUCCAGUACGCCUGCGAGUGUCCGGGUUGUGGAAAGUUUGUCAGAAGCGUUUACGUUUGGAAUAAGGGACUUUCGAACUGAAUAAUAAAUAGUUGUGAAUCAAGAAUGACAGUUGUUAAGUCCCAGAGGGUCUAGAUAAGAGACUGAUCUUUCUUAAGAGCACAGCGAUGUGGGUUGCGUUUAUGUUUGGCUCUGUUGGCACCGUCUUAUGGACUGGACUACUUCAAAUACCAAAGUGAACGUUACAGGACAUCACUUCCACAAAUCUCCUGAACCUUGAGCGAACGACCGGGCAAUGAAGGCAGAACUGCGUAUCCCUCGGUAGACAGUGUUCAUUUCUAACCGGAAAUGCGCCUUAAAUGUGAGCAUUGGCGCAGCAUCGUUUGGGUGUUACUUGCCUUGUAUGCGGAUUCGCGAGACCCACCGUCGCCAAUAUCAGGGCAGUAGUUAAUAACAAGUCGGUCGACAGUGAGGACGACGAAAUGAAUAAUUCUAUCCAGUGUACAUCCCGGCUGGGGGACGUGCCGAUUGUGACAAAAGUUGUACGGACGGGGAUGAUGCCGUUGCUAACUGGGCAGGCGUGACUGUAACGUGUCCUUGAGUUGGUAUGUGGGGAGGGGGCGCGUCCGAUGCAGUGCAUUUCAGUAAAUGCUGAGCCAGACGAAUUAGCAUUUUAAGGGUUUUACUGUCGUUGGGGUUUGAGAGUGAGACAGAUGGCAGAGCGUGUCGAACGCUGUUAGGUUUCAUCGAGUUAGGUACAAAUAGGCCGUCGGUCUGGGGGACCCUGAAAGGGGGGGGGGUGCCGGCGAUAGUGGCAACAACAGCGCCUGAUAAGGAGGGAUAGAUCCGGUGUUGACGCGGCCAGAUGACUGCUCUCAAACCAGGGCUUGACUUCAGAUGGUGAGUCGUGUUGGUAACAUCGCCUUCAUUCGUGACAAGAUGUCAGCAACUACGUGAGGGUGACGGCGUUGAAAUUGCACCCGGACAUCGACUGACUGAUUUCGACUGUCGAUGAUAUCGCCUUACUUGCUUCAAGUUUUGGUGAUCUGCAGUCUAGGGUGUCACGGGUGAACGAGGUCGCUAAAUCGGCCAAUUUGUCCAUCAACGCUGGGAAGACCAAAGUGUUCUCAAGCUGCAUCCCUGACCAGGAGAAGGCACCCCUCGUGAUUGAUGGCUGUCAACUUGAAGUUUUAAACAGUUUUAAAUACCUCGGGGCGAGGCUACUACCGAAUAGGCAGAGUAAGGAUGACAUUGCCUCCCGAAUCGAUGCUGCCUGACAGACUUUCUCAAGCUUUAGAAAAGGACUCUGGAUCCGACGCGAUCUCUUCAUCGCCACUAAGAUUCGCGUGUACCGUGCAUCUGUCCGGUCUGUCCUUCUCUGCGGUUGUGAAUGCUGGGCUGUGCGCGUGGAGGAUGAGCGAAAACUGGAGGUGUUUGACCACCACUGCUUGAGGACCAUCCUUCGAGUGAAGUUAACUGACUUCGUCUCAAAUGAGACAGUCCGCGCUCGCUGCGACAACAUCGCAAGGAUAACUCAGGCCAUCCAAGAAAGACGACUAGGUGGUUCGGUCAUGUUCUUCGUCGUCCACCUCAGGAGCUCAGUGUUACUGCCCUCGAUCCGGCACCGUUGCCCCAUUGGAGGCGUCGAAGAGGUGGUCAGUUUGAAACCUGGCUCGACGCUGUCCGUCAAGACAUGGAGGUGGUUCUUGGACCUUCGGUAUUCGGUCUCCGUCGUUGGCGAAGGGAAUGGGUUGAGCUGUCCAGAUCUGCUGCCGCGGACCGUCACGCGUGGAGAGGUACAGUUUGGGGCAUCAUCGAGGUCGGCUAGAUUAGGCAUGACCGCAGCCGUAUCAAGUACAAGUAAGUAACUGCUUUGUCUACCCAUGGAGUCGAUGAGUGACACAGGAAGAAGGAGAACAGCUGAGGCCCAGUAGUGAUUUGGGGACGUUUGGGCUCGGCCGAACCAAUUGGUCGCUCGCCGAUCACGUCAGAGCCACCCAUUUAUGACGCUCUUAAUAUACUCACUGCUUGGGUACUGUCAACACCUUGACCAACAAGUACGGUUGGCAUGGUGUUGCCGCCGCUUUCGGCGGUAAAACCAGGGCUCCAUCUGCGCGCUGGGAGCUGUUUCUAUCGGGGGUCGUAAACAUGUUUUGUGAGGUUACUUGUUCGGUCUUCCGCAAUAUACUGCGCUAUCGAGACAAAAAGACGUUUUCCGGUAGCUUGUGAAAAGAGUGGCUAAUGAGACUACGCACUUUUAAUUAGUUUCGCUCUGUAUGAGGUCGAUGCGAGCGGCGAGAAAUGUUACGGUCGAAGUUUCAUGAGUGUUUGGCAACUGACUAGACUUCCACUUGUUGCCAAACUGUAACCAGCAUGAGCGUACCGGUUGGACGAUCUCAAAAUUCGCGCGACUACUGCGUGGUCCUAUCACCAAAAAUGCAACUUCCUAUUCAUUGAGACACUAACGGCCCCUGAGACUUCAGUGGAAAGCCGUCUACUUGAUCAGUCCUAUCACCAGAUUGUCAGAUGCUCCUUCCAUGCUGGCGAGUAUUCUUGGUCGCGGCCAACGAGGGGACGGACCCUUAGCUGACUGUCGGAACACCUGGCAUAGUGCUCAAUGACCAAGAAUUCCAAGCCUGAACACCGUAUUAUCUAAACCUGUGUCCGGACCGUGACUGGCUGACGGCGACUGAUGGGCCAGAAAUGGUCACUUUGGCCUCAUUUUCUUCGCCAACAUUCCUUCAUAAGUCUAAAGCCACGUCCGAGCUAUCAGACUGCAGAAGGCAUCACUGCAAGCUUUUGGGGCACCAGCGAAACUAUCCAACCAGCUGACUGCCACAGUUACUAAUCAUCCUAGUACUCCGAGCGUCAUACUUGUCGUUGAGUGCACGCGAACACCCGACUUUUAUGGCUUGUGAGGGAUCUGCACCUGUUAACCAAAUGGUACGUGCAGGUUAUGCCGUUUAGCUGCAAUGCGGAGCACUGGACAGGUUUGAGUAGCUACACGGGCGAAGUAGUUUAUACAGUGUCUUCAGCCAAUUCCAUCACCGUUACCAAAGAAAGAAAAAGCCGGAGACGGGCGGGGGGCGAUGACAAAAGGAACUGUCUGGCGAACCGAAUUUCAGGACUCAUCCUCGAUUCCAACUGUGGCCCAAGAGGAAUUAUUAUUGUUUUCGAUGGCGAGAAAGUGAAAGCUUUACUGUUGAGACUAGAAGCAAGUAGACACGAGAAACCCAUCAUGGUUGCUGUUCUGAAGAAGCCAGUGGUAAUUGUCCUCACUGGAACGACGGGCGACUUCCUCGAAUCUUUUUUUUCAACAUACACUUUGUUUCAGACCCGGAAGUUGAACAGAUGGAUUAUAUUUCGAUUUGGGAGUGAUACCUGCAUUUACCAACGGGUCGAUCUGAGACAGGAGCGUCCAAUCAGGUUAAGGGUUCAUUUAAAUUCCAAAAUAAAAACGUCUUUGGAGCGCUUCCCAAUGUGCCUUGUAUACAAUGCUCGCAAAUGUGUAAAUCGGAAAAGAUGUGUCUGGAGGCUGUCGCCGGGGAGGGUUAUAUCUUACUGCACCAACAAAAAGGACAAAAGCAACGGUCGAGUACGCAGGCCCCUACUUUUAUCACUAUAGCAUGUCUACUUGUUUUGUGUCGGUAGGCGCGAUGUAUUAGCGUUACUUCCUUCUCAGGCUCGGAGAAAUUGUUCAAUUUGGGGCCAAGGCUAGGACUGGGGUCAGGUUUACCUGUCGCAUACCGUCUCACCCAAUCCGGCUCUCUUUGAUAAAUAACCUUGGAAUACCUGCUUUCCGCCCGUUUACACACUUCCUUAUUCACUUAUUUCUAACUGCUCGGUCCCUUCCAGCACCUCAUUAGUAAAAAUACGAACACGCAUCGGAGAUUCGAGUUUUCAUAUUCCCACAGAUUCCGCUUACUGUCGUAUCCGUCUGCAUCACUGAUAAAAAUAAUACUGGCACCCUUCCUGUAUUUCAGGAGAGUCCUUGUGCUCCAUUUUCUCAGUGGACUUGCAUAGUCCUUGCCAAAACAACCCUCUACACUUUAGUUUUCAUCAAGUUAGGAACUGCGACCUCUGUCAAUUUAGAGGAAGUUCUCUCCUCUAUUCUGCCCGUUGCAGGUCAUCCUUGUUGCAGGUCACGCGUCGACGCGCCCGUCGACGGUCCGACCAACACGUGUGACUCAACUAGUCACUUUCUCAUGCUGACACGGACAUACCAGGCACAUCUGUAA